AUGGGCUCCAGGAACUUGAUAAUUGGAAUAUUGUUCUUAUCACAGACCACAGCUGGACUUCUAGGAAAUCUCUCUUUCCUUUCCCACUAUCUAGUUGUUUAUUAUCGUGAACAUUCACUGAAGACCACUGAUUUGAUCCUCAAACACUUGAUUAUGGCCAACACCUUGAUCAUUCUCUCUAAAGGUAUGCCCCACACCAUGACAGCUUUUGGCCUGAAACAGUUCUUCAGUGAUUUGGGAUGUAGAUUUCUUUUCUAUUUUGACAGAGUGGGCAGAAGUAUGUCCAUAGUCUCUACCUGCAUGUUGAGUGUCUUUCAGGCCAUCACUAUCAGCCCCAGAAACUCUUGUUGUAAGGACCUUAAAGUAAAAGCUCCAAAGUCUAUUGGCCUCUUCAUUUCCCUCUGCUGGAUACUAUAUAUGGUAAUAAACUCAAUAUUCCCUAUGUAUAUUUUAUCUACUAAAUUUCACAGCAAAAACAGGACAGAAAAAAGAGAUUUUGAAUAUUGUUUUACUGAAGAUAGUGAUGCUGUCAUGGUCUUGUUGUAUGUAGCCCUAUUGGUAUUCCCAGAAGUUUUGCUUUCUGUGCUCAUCAUCUGCUCCAGUGGUUUCAUGGUUGUCAUCCUGUACAAACACAGGCAGCGAGUUCAACAUAUCCGCAGCACGAAUACUUCCUCCAGAGCCUCCCCUGAGUCCAGAGCCACCCAGAGCAUCCUCAUCCUGGUUUCUACAUUUUUGACAUUUUACACCCUCUCCUCUAUAGUACAUGCAUAUGCUGCUGUUCUGAGUAAUCCUUCUCCAUUGCUGUUGAGCAUCAACGGAGGAGUGAUGGAAAGAUCAGGGUGUGACUGCGAAUGGUGUGGUCGAGGAAGGACAGAGCAAGCAAACACAGGAAGUCUGGUAUGUCCUCGUCUUGGGACAAGGGAUCCUGUGUUAGAAACAGAUCCAGUGAUGGAGCAGACAAGGGAGAAUAAUGAUUUCUUGACUAAGAGAAGAACUAGAAACAUCACCUCACCUCCAAUGAUUACUUGUUAUGAAACAUACUGGUAA